AUUUAGGAAAACAAACCAAGUUUUGUAAAUAACAUGAUAUGGGUUUAUCAUGUCAAUAAAGAUUAAAUCGUUAAGUUAUCUGAUAAUAUAAAAUAAAAUGAUUACAAAGUUUGUUUGGGACAAAAUAUAUACGAAGCUAAAACCACACAAAAUCAAUUUAUCCUCAGCUGUUCCGUCAACUUAUGAUUUAUGACAGAUGAAUGAAGUAACAUCAUUGCAUGCAUUGCAUCAAUAUUUAAAAAUUGAAAAUAAAUAAUUGUUAGUAAAUAUUUUAGUAGUUUAAAAGAAACUGAAAUUAUAACACAUAACGUAAAUAAAAUAGUAGCAUUUGUAAAUAACUAGUUAAUAUGAAGCAUAGAAGUUGGAAAUGGAAACAGAAUCUGAGAUGCCGGAGAUGACAGUAACAUCUGAAAUAUACCAGGAAUAUGAUUAUAAAACAAAACUUACGCCAAGCCAAGAAGGAAAUGUUAUAUCUGAGUUUCCAUUCCUGCUGCCUUUGAGUCAACAUUAUACAUUUGAUGAUGAUGAUGAUUUAGAUGUUGAAAGACCUACUAAAGCUUGUGUUAAGAUUGAACAUAGUUCCAAGACUAAAAUAGCUUUGGUAGGUCUGCAAGUGUGGAGAGGAGCAUUCCUUUUAGGUGACUUGUUGAUACAUUUGGGACUGAAUGGGAAGUUGAACGGCAAAACUGUACUGGAAUUAGGAGCUGGCACUGGAUUUACGAGUUUUGUUGCCGCUUUGUAUGCAAAGAAAGUUAUUUGCACAGAUAUAGAUUUGGGUGGUAUAUUGGAGUUAAUUAAAUUGAAUGCUAAAUACAAUAAUGAGUUAAUAAAAUCUAAAUUUAAAGUGAUGCCGUUGGACUUUAAGGAAAUUGAAUGGAGUAGACAAUUGAUACAAGAAAUUCAAAAAGUUGAUAUUGUGAUUGCAGCUGAUGUGAUCUACGACGAUGACGUCACAGCGGCGUUUAUAUCAACAGUGCAAAGGAUUAUGAAUACAAAUCCACCUAAAGUUUUAUAUAUAGUUAUGGAGAAGAGAUACGUGUUUACUUUAGAACAUAUGGAUUCUGUAGCGCCGUGCUAUGAAACAUUCCUGGCAUUACUGCACAAGGUUAAAACGGAAAAUGUCAACGCCACGUGGACUGUGGAACAACUGCCACUGGACUUUCCUAAAUAUUUCACGUACGAUCGCGUGAAUGAAUUAGUCUUGUGGAAGAUAACCUCAAAAGUAGUGAAAUAGUCUGUGAUAUUGUUCUCGUGUUUGAAUAUAAACUUUGUUGAUAAUACUUGAGUUUUAAUUGAGCCAACGAUGCCAACUUAU